GUGAAACUGGAUGCAGUGGCUCUCCCCCCUCGCUCGCCGCAGCCGGCCGCCGGCCAUCCACCGCCACUGCUUCCACCGGCCACCGCCGCCGUCGCGGACCUUCCUCGCUGCUGCUGGUUCCUCCUCCACGGAACAAUGCUCUCGCUUCACGCUUGCUCUCCUCGCCGACCACCCACACCCCGCCGUCGCGGAGUUCACGCGCGCCGGCUUCUCCCGCCUCGCCGAUCGGCCCCUCCUCGCCCGCGCCAUCCACGGACUCGCCAUCCGCCUCGCGCUCCCGCUCAGUGCCUUCCACCGCAACACGCUCCUCGCGUUCUACUUCCGUAACCGGGAUGCCCCCGACGCCGCGCUCCACCUGUUCGACGAAAUGCCCGAACGGAUCCCGUCCUCCUGGUAUACCGCCGUCUCCGGCUGCGUCCGCUGCGGCCGCGAUGGCACGGCCUUCGAGCUGCUCCGCGGCAUGCGGGAGCGUGGCGUGCCGCUCAGCGGGUUCGCGCUCGCCAGCCUCGUCACCGCCUGCGAGCGUCGCCGGGGUGGGGCCUGGGAGGAGGGCCUCGCCUGCGGCGCCGCUAUCCACGCACUCACCCACAGGGCUGGGCUCAUGGUCAACAUUUACAUCGGCACGGCACUCCUCCACUUGUACGGCUCCCGUGGGGUUGUGUCCGAUGCACAGAGGUUGUUCUGGGAGAUGCCCGAGAGGAAUGUCGUGUCAUGGACAGCGUUGAUGGUGGCAAUGUCGUCCAAUGGGUACCUGGAUGAGGCAUUGGGAGCUUAUCGUCAGAUGAGGAGGGAAGGGGUUCCAUGCAAUGCAAACGCCUUCGCAACAGUGGUCAGUUUGUGUGGAUCACUCGAGAAUGAGGUGCCGGGCCUUCAGGUUGCUUCCCACGUGAUAGUCUCUGGACUCCAAAAGCAGGUCUCUGUGGCAAAUUCAUUGAUUACCAUGUUUGGCAACAUGGGAAGGGUGCAGGAUGCCGAGAAGCUCUUUGAUAGGAUGGAGGAACAUGACACUAUAUCAUGGAAUGCGAUGAUAUCGAUGUACUCACAUGAAGGGAUCUGCAGCAAAUGUUUUCUGGUGUUUUCAGAUAUGCGUCAUCGUGGAUUAAAGCCUGAUGCGACAACAUUGUGUAGCCUGAUGUCUGUCUGUGCCUCAGAACAUUCCAGCCAUGGAAGCGCAAUCCAUUCCCUGUGUCUCAGGAGUGGUCUGGAUUCGUCAUUAACGGUCAUUAAUGCCCUGGUUAAUAUGUACUCCGCUGCUGGAAAACUGAACGAUGCUGAGUUUCUGUUCUGGAACAUGAGUAGAAGGGAUCUAAUAUCAUGGAACACUAUGAUUUCAUCCUAUGUGCAGAACUGUAUUAGCACUGCUGCGUUGAAUACACUGGGUCAGUUGUUCCAAACGAAUGAAAUCCCAAAUCACAUGACAUUUUCCAGCGCUCUAGGAGCAUGCUCAAGUCCAGAAGCCUUGAUGGAUGGCAAAAUGGUUCAUGCCAUUGUAAUUCAAUUGAGUCUUCACAAAAAUCUGCUAGUUGGUAAUUCUCUCAUCACGAUGUAUGGGAAAUGCAAUUCUGUGCAAGAUGCAGAGAAAGUUUUUCAGUCGAUGCAAAAUCGUGAUGUUGUCAGCUACAAUGUACUUAUUGGUGGCUAUGCAGGACUUGAGGAUGGUAAAAAGGCAAUGCAAGUGUUUUCUUGGAUGCGAGGUGCAGGGAUAAAGCCAAAUUACAUUACAAUGAUAAAUAUACAUGGUUCUUUCACGUGUUCAAAUGAUCUGCAUGAUUAUGGAAGUCCCUUACAUUCAUACAUAAUACGCACUGGAUUUUUAUCAGAUGAGUAUGUUGCUAACUCCCUGAUCACAAUGUAUGCAAAGUGUGAUGAUUUAGAAUCAAGCACUAAUGUGUUCCAUACUAUCACCAACAAGAGUGGCGUUUCAUGGAAUGCCAUGAUAGCAGCAAAUGUUCAACUUGGCUAUGGAGAGGAAGCUCUAAAGCUCUUCAUCCGUAUGCUUCAUGCUGGAAAGAAACUUGAUCGUGUUUGUCUUGCUGAAUGUCUGUCAUCCAGUGCAAACCUCGCAUCAUUAGAAGAAGGCAUGCAGCUACAUGGUCUUGGUAUGAAAUCUGGGUUGGAUUCAGACUCAUACGUUGUUAAUGCUGCAAUGGAUAUGUAUGGGAAAUGUGGAAAGAUGGAUGAAAUGUUGAAACUGCUUCCUGACCAAGCCAUUCGACCUCAGCAAUGCUGGAACACUUUGAUAUCAGGUUAUGCAAAGUAUGGGUAUUUCAAGGAAGCUGAGGAAACAUUUGAUCAAAUGGUUGCAAUCGGGAGAAAGCCAGACUAUGUAACGUUUGUUGCUCUACUCUCAGCUUGUAGUCAUGGUGGUCUAGUAGACAAGGGUAUAGAGUACUACAACUCUAUGGCUUCCAAGUUUGGUGUUUCCCCAGGAAUAAAACAUUGUGUAUGUAUAGUGGAUCUCCUUGGACGUUUAGGGAGGUUUGCAGAGGCAGAGAAAUUUAUUGAAGACAUGCCAGUCUUACCGAAUGAUCUAAUAUGGCGAAGUUUGUUGUCUUCUAGUAGAACCCACAAAAAUCUUGAAAUUGGAAGGAAAGCCGCCAAAAAGCUUCUUGAAUUGGAUCCAUUUGAUGAUUCAGCUUAUGUUCUUCUGUCAAACUUAUAUGCUACAAAUGCAAGAUGGUUGGAUGUUGACAAAUUACGAAGUCACAUGAAGAACAUCAAUAUAAACAAAAGGCCAGCUUGCAGUUGGCUUAAGCUGAAGAAUGAAGUAAGCACCUUUGGUAUUGGUGACCGGUGUCAUAAGCAUGCAGAAAAGAUAUAUGCAAAGUUACAUGACAUAUUGCUGAAACUGAGGGAAGUAGGUUAUAUUGCUGACACAUCAUCUGCACUGCAUGAUACAGAUGAAGAGCAAAAGGAGCAGAACCUUUGGAACCAUAGCGAGAAACUUGCUUUGGCAUAUGGCCUUAUCAUUGUCCCAGAAGGAUCUACGAUAAGAAUAUUCAAGAAUCUCAGGGUCUGUUCAGACUGUCAUCUGGUAUUUAAACUGGUUAGCAUGGUUUCUAAUAGGGAAAUUGUGCUGAGAGAUCCGUAUAGGUUCCACCACUUCAAAAGUGGAUCAUGCUCUUGUUCAGAUUUUUGGUGAGAUAGUCAAACACAAAUAGCUGUUGGCUCAUUGUUUUAUGUUUGAGCCUUCCACAGCCCAAAGGGCAAAGAAUAAAAAAAUGACAAGGCUGAGAAAUAAACUCUUAUCUUCCUUUGCAUGGGAACAGUAACUGUCAUUACAGUGCGUAUGUGAGUGCCUUUAAUUCUGUUUCCAGUACAUUGAUGUUUAUGUUCAAUACUAGGUGCAUUAACAAGCAGUGUUAGAUGAGAGAAAUUGAUCAGCUGAUUGCAUGGUUCUUUUCCACACUUGGUGUCUUUGUCAGAUUCCAUGGUAGAGUCGGUGCAAUGACAACAAUGGGAUAAUGUUGACCACAGCUUCCGUCAACCAUGUGUAUGGCUUUUGAACAAUGUUGUCACACUGAUUCAUAGUGUUAUACCGAUCUUCUCUUCAUGAUGUGCAAGGAUCAGCAGAUAAGACCUCUAGUGAAAUUGAUGCUUGUUUGAAACCAUCAGACGACACAUUAUGUGCUGCAUGAAUCCUUUUAGGAUGCACACAAAUUAUAUCCUGUGGAAGUGUUAACCGAAGCAUAGAUCAAGAUUAUGUUAAAUUUAUUUUUUACUCUAGCUCUGAGGUGGGACGCAACUGAUAAAACCAAUGGAUUAUUUGCAUCAACUGUCUGACAACUCUGAUAUAUUGGUCUCUUUUGUGGUCAUUAGCUCACAUAUGUCUUCAGUUACUUGCUGGGGUAGUUGGAAAUCAUCCUAAACAUACAGUGGCCAUGGCCAGUGGCAGGCUGUCUGCAUAGUAGUUGUACUGUUGGUUGAACCCAUCGUAUAUAUGCUUGAUGGGACCUUCAAUAGUCAUAUACUUGUUCAUCGCGAAUCAGGGGACAUGGACACCUAAAUUAAUAGAGCCACAGCUGAAGGGCGGUAGUUCAAUUAUCCCGGAAGUGAUGGUGGUCCUCCCAGCAGCUGGUUUUAUCACUCACCGAAAGGAGACAGUACAAGCAAGAAACAACUAAUGUCAUGAAAGGUUGCUACUCAGAUUUGGUCUCUCGGUUACACUAUUGGACUACUGCUUUGCAGAUUUGAUCUACCAGUUCAGUGUGGGCACGCAAACAGAAACACAACUUGUCCUACAUUUGGGAUUGAAGAAACUCGUGCUGCAACAGUUAUACAAUACGUACUGAACAUAACUGUUGCCUGGCUUCAGAAUUCGAUCAGAAGAUCAUGAGAAAGAUCAGACGGCGACCAGGAUGAAGAAGAAUUAAACAUGAGCCUUGGCAUGCAUCAUCUACAUGGAGAUAUGGUGAUGGGCUGAUGGCUGACACUGGAGCUGAAAUAGCCACCUCAACUACUGAACUUUGAAUGCACAGUACCUACCACUACAAGCCCAUAUAGACAUCGAGUAUUCAACAACUGAACCUUGAAUGCACAGUACUUCCUACUACAAACAAGCCAUAGAUAGACUUCGAGUAGACUCAUCAUGUUGGUUGUACUGUACAGUACAUCGUGGUCACCGGAAUCAACAGAGGCAGGCAAAAUCCAUGAAAAGGAGCCCGUGGCUGAUGAGCUUGGUUGCUGCCGUGAAUGCAAGCAAGCAACUGGCAGCAUAUCAGUGUGCAGGUCGACGACGACGUUGAGUACACAUGGGUCGAUGGCCUCUGUUUUCUCUACGCAGCUUGUAGCAAUGGCUGGUUGAUGUCUCCAUGCAUGGUCCUUGCUAGUUUUAAGGCCUUCCUUUGGUGUCGAUCUAUGCUUGCAUGUCGUGACGGUGAGAGGUCUCGAUUAAUUAAUCUCAUUCAUGAUAGAAAA